AUGGCCUUCACAGGAUCUCCGUUUCACGUUCACCUGACUGCCCUCACGACGGAGUAUGAGAAAAUCAUGGCCGAGAAUGCUGAGUUACGACAACAGCUGCACAAGGAACCUUUGCGGGCUCACGCAAGAGACAACGAGCCAGCUCCGAUGAAUUGGGGUGUGGCAGUGGUGGCGCCCCUGAAGCCGGCCUGUUUGGAGCUGCCAGGGGCCGUGAUUUGCGACACGGACUCGUCUUCACCACCUGAGCCAGGUGAACCUCCACCGGACCUGGAGAGCAGGAGGAAGUCUUUUGCGACGCCAAGGAGCACUAAAUCAUCUCCACGACAGAAUGGGAAAACCCGUAUACAUGAGGAGGUCCACGAAGAUAAUUCAACUUUCUUACUGCUGUUGGAUAUCAUCCCGGCCUGCGUCAUCAUGGUCAAUGCAGCUGUUGCCGGUCUGAGCGCGGACAUGGACCCCGACAGUCCAGUAUGGCAGAUCCUCGAAAUUGGUUUUACCAUCUUCUUCAUUGCCGAGAUCCUCGUGAAAGCAAGAAUCUUUACCGUGCGCGAGUUCCUGCUAGGCCCCGACUGGUAUUGGAGCUGGUUCGACGUCCUCUGCGUUGUCCUGGCUUUGGUGGAUUUGUUCGCAAAUGCGGUGACUGCAGAACUCUCGGAGACAACGACGUCCAACUCGACGUCCACAGAAACUGAAGGAGGCGAUGCCAGCGUGGCAGGGAGCCUCAAGAUGCUGAAGCUGGCCCGCCUUGGCCGCAUCAUCCGGCUGCUGAAGUUCAAGAUCUUCACGGAGCUGAAGCUGAUGAUCCAGGGGGUUUUCACCGGGCUGCGUGUGCUCUUCUGGGCGGUGGUCUUGCUGCUGCUGUGCAUGUACCUCCUUGGGGUGGUUACCAAAACCUUCUUCUGGAAACAUCCUGAAUUUGAAACCGUGCCGGACGCUAUGUUCACCAACUUCCGGUGCUUUACUGAUGGUUGCGCAGAUCUGGAUGGAAGACCCCUGCAAGAACGUUUGCGAAGAGAAGACGGAGGGGGCAUCUUCAUGUUUGCCUAUAUACUGCUCUUUCUUUUUGUGACGAUUGGAAUCUUCAAUCUGAUCAUGGCAGUAUUCAUCGACAACGUUGCAGAUGGCAGCACGAAAAAGAGGCAACGCGAGCUGGGCGAGAAUGCGCCGAGAACUGAGUGGGUUUUGGCGACCUCUCUCAGGCAUCUCAUCAUGGCCAACAUCUUCCACGACGAGACCAAAGACAUGUCCGAGGAGGAGCGCAUCAAGGUCCUCAACGAGAAGUUGGAGAAGCUCCGGGAGAUGUACGGCUACACGCCACACACCGCCCAGGAGUACGAGUCUCUGGCUGAUGCGAUCCGUACAGAAAUGGUGGAGCGGAAAGUUGUGGUCACCCAGGAGCAGUUCAACAGGUGGCUUUCCCAAGAGAAGGAGCUAAUUAACAAGCUCGAAGAUGCCGAAAUCGACCUCUCUUGCAAGUCAGAUCUUUUCGAGGUGCUGGAUGCCGACCUCAGUGGCGAGCUGGAGUUCGAUGAGAUGGUAGAUGGCCUGUUGAAGUGUCGAGGCCCUGUGUCUAAGACGGACAUCAUCUCCAUCAGGUUAAAGACGGCAUUGCUCGUGAAAAUGGUGUCCCAGAUUUGUGACAAGAUGGGAAUUGAAAGUGACUGA